AGGAAAUGUCUCCGUGCCUCGGGCAGCCUUCUCCCACUCCUCUACUAACCAGUUACUUUAAUGUGAGAAAUUAAUUUGCACCCAACCUGUGAGUGCCUUCACCUUCAAGGCAGAAGAAACACCGACUUUUAAUGCAUUUUUGCAAAUAAAUCAUUACAUUUUAAUCACACAAGACUCUGUACAGACACACUUCCAUGAUUUAUUAUUGUUGGGCGAGUUUCCUCCUCCCCCAGCUUGAGAUAACCAAUUUUGCUACGUGGGGGUGUUUUAAACACAACUUCCUACGAUGCAGACUUGUUUACUGAUUAUCUGUGACGAUAACGACGAUUACUAAGGCAAUAACACUCUUCAGUCCCCACCUUUAUUGCUUUUUGGUUAUAAGGAAAUCAAAUAAGCAAGCAAGUAAGCAAAACCAACACCAAACAAAAAAUUGGCGGCGUGACAAUCUAUUCCCUCGGCACUCCUAACGCCUGACAGCCUCCAUCGAUGCACUCGAAAGCUCGGCUGAAGCAGCCUGGCGCUGGAACCAGGAAGGCGCUGAGCUUAAACUGAAGCAAGUUCGGAGGACGCCGGCAGCACCCCGAUUAGAAGAAACGUUUGCAGAAAUGGGACGUCGUUCAUCAGAUACUGAAGAAGAAAGCAGAAGCAAGAGAAAAAAGAAACACCGUAGACGGUCAUCUUCAAGUAGUUCUUCAGAUAGUAGGACAUAUAGCCGAAGGAAAGGUGGAAGGAAAUCAAGGUCAAAGUCAAGAUCUUGGUCCAGAGAUAUUCAGCCUCGCUCACAUUCUUAUGAUAGAAGACGCAGGCAUCGAUCAAGCAGUAGCUCUUCUUAUGGCUCUAGAAGAAAACGAAGUCGAAGUCGUUCAAGGGGUCGAGGGAAAUCCUACAGAGUUCAGAGAUCUAGGUCAAAAAGCAGAACAAGAAGGUCCAGGUCAAGACCUCGUCCACGCUCCCAUAGUCGAAGCAGUGAAAGGUCCAGUCACAGAAGAACCCGUAGUCGAUCUCGGGACAGAGAACGAUGUAAAGGCAGAGAGAAGGAGAAAAGAGGGAAGGAGAAGGAUAAAGGCAAGGACAAGGAAUUACACAACAUCAAACGUGGGGAAUCUGGAAACAUCAAAGCUGGAUUAGAACAUCUGCCACCAGCUGAACAGGCCAAAGCCAGACUACAGUUGGUUCUCGAAGCUGCUGCAAAAGCUGAUGAAGCAUUGAAAGCCAAGGAAAAAAAUGAAGAAGAAGCAAAGAGAAGAAAGGAGGAAGACCAAACCACCCUGGUAGAACAAGUAAAAAGAGUCAAAGAAAUCGAAGCCAUUGAAAGUGAUUCUUUUGUUCAGCAGACAUUCAGAUCAAGUAAAGAAGUCAAAAAGUCGGCAGAACCCAGUGAAGUGAAGCAUGCGGCGGCAACAUCAGGACCAGCAUCGGUGGUUGCUGAUCUGCCCAGUAGUGAAAAAGAAAUAGACCCUAACAGCAUCCCUACUGCCAUCAAGUACCAAGACGACAAUUCUCUGGCUCAUCCAAAUCUAUUUAUUGAGAAAGCUGAUGCUGAGGAAAAGUGGUUCAAGAGAUUAAUUGCUCUUCGACAAGAAAGGCUAAUGGGCAGUCCCGUGGCCUAAAUAAUAUAUGCGGUUGAAUUAACAGUACAUUUAAAAUUUAGGCUUUUAAAUCCCAGUUUAACUUUUUAUUCGUAAAAAGAAUUGACCCAAUUAUAUAAAAAGGUAAUCUCAUUUCAUUCUUUUCUCGUGUGGGCUUAAAUAUUUGUUUAUUUGAACUUAAACAUUGUGAAUAUUAAAACUAGUAUAAGACUGAGGAAUGCAUGAAAUUAUCCUACUGUUAAUAAAGGCUAAUCCAAAAAAUAUCAGUCUUAAUAAAUAGCACACAGUAGUGUUUCUAAGUACAAUUUCUAAAAUGUCAAGUUGUCAUUUAAAGACAUAGUUUUGAUUAAUCAUGCAUAUAUAAGAAUCAAACUCUAUGCUAUAAAUACGAGAUUUCAUCUUCCAUGCAUUAUGAAAGCAUUUUGAAUCUUUUAUUUUACCUUACUGGAAAAUUUUAGGCCCAGUAAAAAACAGUCUUAACAAUCUAAGCAGAAUGAGCAUGUUAAUAUUAAAAGAAUAAUAUAUUAAUGAAAAACUUUGUAGGAAAUCAAAUACAUUGAUGAUUUAUGGCUUAGAGAUUAGGUUUUACUAAGCACUUCCUUUCAACACGUUAGCAGAGCUCAGUCCAUCCUUGUAGAAAUCACAGGUCCCUGCUAGACCUGACCAGCUGCCGCACACCCGUGAUAGGGAAGUCACGUCUGAGGAAGCAGGUAGAGUUCUCGCUUCAGGCUUACUGCACCGUCCACCGUCCCCGGGAGAGCAAGCCAGCCAGCCACCUGCAAUUCUGCGAAGACUGUCUGUCACUGAAGAAUGCCUUUCUCUAGGAGCUGAAUGAAAAUCAGCAGCGCACUCCAUCCUGAACGUGCCAGAGAUGAGGACUUUGAGGCCUUGUGCUACAAAACUACUUUUCACCAGCUGACCUAAACAUUGCCCUUUCCUAGUUUGUUCUGUCGCCUGGGCUCACUCUAAGUCAGUCUCUGUGAGGACUGUCCCUCAUCUCAGAUCAUGUUCAUCUCAGAACAUGAGAUGAACAUGAAGAGUUUGGGGGAUAGGAUGACCAAUCUAUAGGAUACCUAAUGAUAUCUUUUUUUCUAUUUCUGAAACUAUUCAAAGUCUAAUUCCUGUUAAAAACGAAAACAAUAAAGAGCUUACACUUAAUUGCAAAA